AAUCGGCGUUUCUGAGUAGUAGGAGGGAGUAGUAGUUUGCUACGCCCGUUGGCAGAGGAGCUACGCGCAUGCCAUAUAUCUAGACAAGCUUGUAGAAUUGGAGACGUGUUCCUCAUUUGCAGUUUGAGAGCCGGGGGAAAAGUUCACCCACAAAUUGAUAAACAUGGCUAUCCGAAAAAAGAGCAACAAAAACCCACCUGUACUAAGCCACGAGUUUGUCAUCCAGAAUCAUGCAGAUAUCGUGUCCUGUGUUGCGAUGGUGUUCCUUCUUGGGCUGAUGUUUGAGGUUACUUCGAAGGUGGCUGUUCUCUUCAUCACUGUCCAGUAUAAUGUUACCAUCUCAGCAAAUGAGGGCCCAGAGGAUAUGCCCGUGAAUUACUUCCAUCAUGGUCUGAAGGACAUGGCAACGGUGUUCUUCUACAUGCUGGUGGCCAUUAUCAUGCACGCUAUCAUACAAGAAUAUGUUCUUGAUAAAAUCAACAGGAAGAUGCACUUCUCCAAGACCAAGCACAGCAAGUUCAACGAAUCUGGUCAGCUCAGUGCCUUCUACCUGUUCUCCUGUGCGUGGGGCGCAAGCAUCCUGCUUUCAGAAAACUUUCUCUCCAACCCUGUGAGUCUGUGGGAAGGCUACCCACACACUUUAAUGCCGUUUCAGAUGAAGUUUUACUACAUCUGCCAGCUGGGGUACUGGCUUCAUGCUCUGCCUGAGCUGUAUUUCCAGAAGACCAAGAAAGAAGACAUUCCACGCCAGCUGGUUUACAUCAGCCUCUACCUUGUCCACAUCGGUGGAGCCUAUGUCUUAAAUCUGAACCGCCUGGGCCUGGUGCUGUUGGUGCUGCAUUACUUUGUGGAGCUGCUCUUUCACGUGUCCCGCCUGGUCUACUUCAGCAACGACGACAGGCAGACCGGGUUCACGGUGUGGGCCGUCCUCUUCGUCCUGGGCCGCUUGCUCACCCUGUCUCUGUCCGUCCUCACCGUGGGCUUCGGCCUCGCCGGCGCCGAGAAGCAGGGCCUGGACCUGGCUGAAGGGAACUUCAACGUGCUGUUCGUUCGGAUCACCGUGCUGGCCACCAUCUGCGCGAGCCAGGCCUUCAUGAUGUGGAAAUUCAUCAACUUCCAGCUGCGCCGGUGGCGGGAGCACGCGCAGGCCCAGAACCUGAAGAAGAAGCCAGGCCCCGCCAAAAGCAAGUCCAAGAAGGACAAAGCUAAUGGUGUGAAUGGAGCACUGAGCUCCAACGGAGCUGAUUCGCCAAGAGCCAGAAAAGAGAAGUCGUCAUAAUCCCCCCGACCCCCCCCCCCCCCCCCCCCCCACAGCUGUCCAGACCUCGGCCAAGCCUGCCAUUCCAAAAGUCAUCCGUGGUGUUUCUGUUGGCAAACCCAACUCAUUUGGCGUCCUUUAUUCUUCAAUUCUGUUAUUCUGAAAGUCAUGACAGAAUCGUGCCAUUACAGAAGGUGAAAAUGUAUUUAAAAGUGCCUAACAAUACCUAUGCUGUACUUGUGCAGAUGCUGAAGACGUUUCUCUUUCAGGAAUAACAUUGUGAGUGUUUUAAAAACCAUUUCAGAUCAUGUGUAAAGUUAUGCUUUGUUUUUUUGCCCCGUUACAUUUUUGAUUCUCCUCCGUUUGGCUGUCUGGGACCAUUUUUUUUUUUUAUCUUUAAGAUUAAUACUACCAGGAAUUCUUUCACAUGCCCUCUCCCACUUUCCCUGGCUUACAAUCUGUUAUGUCAUUUAUAUUACUUUAAAAAUGUUGAAGUCAACCAGAUCCGAGAGUAGCAUGCCAAAUGUGUCAUUAGCCAAAGUUUAUGCUCUCUUGAACAUAUUUCCCAUUGACAGAGCGUAACAUAACGUUUCUCUUGAUUCAAUGAGUUAUUCAACAUUGAAUGGCCUGGCACCGUUGAUAUAGCUUAAUGACUCCUGAUCAACCCUUGGUCAUGCAAGCUGCUCAUGCUUGUCAAGAAUUCUGCCUAAAUUGCAUUCCAAUGCAGUACAUUUGCCUUAUUUGUGACUCAUUGCAACCUUCUGUGACAAAUAUUCCAAUAAAUCCAAUUUGUCUGAUAAUGAACUAGAGAAAGUGCAAGAUUUCCCAUCUGAGGACGUUAAGGCAUCGAAUGAUCACAUUUACCAGGAUUAAUCAUUUUUCAAAAGCCCUGCCUGGUUGAUGCAUUAGUUUUAUGAAUGUAUAUGGCUUUAGAGAGUGGUUAACUGAAACUGGAGUGUUUUUUUUUUUUUUUUCUGGAAAGAAAUAGCAGUGGAUAUUUCAUGAAGUUGGUAAUGCAACCCCUUGAAUGAUAAAUAAGUAAAUGUAUAGAACUAUAGGGCUGAAUCUUAAAGUUUUGCUUUCAUCUUAGUCUUCAGCAAUCUAAAGGGAAUUUCAUGCGCUGUCAAGCAUGCAUAAGCAGACCGACAGUUUCAGUAUCAUCUUCAUAAAUGCAAGGCUUAAAAUUUGUUAUACAGGGAUCUUCGCUUUUAAAGAAACGUCAAUGAGUAAUGCACAUCUUGCAAAAGUACGGUUAAAUUAUAAAUACUAAACUUACUCAAGCUAUUUGUUCUUUGUAUGCAUAUUUUGAUUGCUUGUUUAAAAUACUUUAUUUUUUAUCAAUUAAAUAUAUUGAUCACUCAAAAGUAAUGGCUGCUUAAUAUUUAGACCGUUGCAUAAGAUUUAUGCCGGGCCCAAUCUAACACAAACUUUUAUUUUGCUAAAUAAAAAUACAUAUAAUUUGAGGGCAGCUUUGUGCUUGCAUUGCGGCAACAAUCUACUCAAACUGCUUCAUAAAUCUGCCCGUCCAGAAGGAAAUGUCAUUUUACAUAAAUGCUGUUUUGAAUGUGACCGGUAUAAGUGUUACUCUCAGGAAUGGGGUAGAGUGGACCUGGACCAUUUAGAACAGGACUGAUUCAGCUGCCCUAGGGGUAAACUUCAAGCAGUGUACAUGGUAGUUGCUAUUUUCUAGGUGUUCUUGACUGGUCUUCGUCUAAAAUGUCCCCUGUAAUAUAAUGGAAAACUAUAAAACGAACAUAUGGUUUGUAAUUUGGAAGGUGGUGUUUUCGUAUUCUUUUUUUUUUUUGUUUUGUUUUAAUAGCCUGUACCAGAGGGAUCACAAGGGGAUCUUUUCUUGAAAUCCCAUUAGCCUGCAUCUGUCGUUUCCUCUUUUGAUCCAGGACAGUUAUUGCCAUUAAAAUCAGUUCCAUCUGGAAGCAGUUAGGGUGGAGUAUUUAGUUUUCAUUAAAUGUAAUUGACCAAUCCCCUGACAAAUUCAAGCAGACUUUAGUAUCUAUUUUUUAGGUUGAUUGUAAAUAUUUGUUUCUCUGAAUUGAGUGGCUAGAUAUAAAGUGAAUUGAGUUUAGUUUUGUGUCAUGGGGCAUCUGUAAUUUUGUUAAAUUAAUACACAAGAUAAAAAUGAAACAACCUUUUUGACUUCAGUAUUCAGUGAUCUGUUCCACCAAGCCAGCUUAUUGUAAAAAUAAGUUGUUUCAAGCCUGAAUCAAUGAAUACAUGCUGUGCUAUUUUUUAAAUUUUAAUAUGUAUAUGUGUAUAUCAUUCUACCAAUGAGAGGAAAAUGCUUUACCUUAUACUCCAAUGCCUGGACAUAUUUUCAGAUAGAGAUCUUUAUAUUUAUACAAUCUUGAAAAUAAUGUUUUCUCUAUACAGCUGUAUGCUCACUUUAAAAUAUAUAAAUAUUUUAUGUUGCCAAACAUCUAUACUUGUACAUUCAUUCUGAGAAAAAGUGAUGUUUAAAAUCCAGGUUCUUACAUGAUUUCAGACGGCAGUUGGUGAAUUCUCCCCUCAGUGUGGGCCUUGGGGGAUGGGGGGAUACAAGUUACAAUGCCUUCAUUUGCUGACCAGCAAUCCAACAACAGAAAUGUUGACCCUCAGAACAGAGAUGUAAAUGAGAAGUUUAUCAAUAAAGUUCCUUUAUUCAUA